UCCCAGUCAGGUAAAUCCCCCAGCAUUCCCCCCCUAUGUGCUGUCACAGCCCUCCCACUCCUGCAACUGGUGUGUGUGUAGUGUGUAUGUGUGUGUGUCACCACUUUCCUCUGACAUUCCUGUGCGGAGCAGAGAGACGGAGCACUCGGCUGCAGAGACACAACUGCAAAUCAAAUCCAAACUCCCUCAAAAGCCAGGAUUUUAUUUGUUUUAACGGAGAAUUUAAUUUUUCUUGCAGCUCCCUUCAACAUCCAUCGGAUUCUCCCGGAGCUCUUUUCUGAUUUGGGAAUUCCACUCCUGGGAAAAAUGCCUGCAAAUCAGCUGGGAAGUCUUCCAUUUUUCGUAAGGGAUUUCUAGAAAAGCAUCCUCUCGUGUCCAGCCACAGCUUCCUCCUGUUCCUCUUUUCUCCAUCUGCUUCCCUGGAGGCAGAUUCCAAGCUUGGCAAAUUCCAGAGUUUGGGAAUACUUUUGUGCUCGUGCCAGGAGAAGCAAAACAGACGAGGACAUAGCGGAGGAAGGAGCACUUGAAGGGACCGUGGCUCCUGUAAAGAUGGUUGACGUGAUGCAGCCAGAUCCCAACAGCCUGCAGUUACCGGGUGAAAAUUUAUCGACCCCGUCUUCGCCCGCCACGGCGAGAAACGACUGCAGCAUCACACCCCUCACGCCCUCCCCGUCGCCGAGGGUGGAGGUCAGACCCAGGAUGGCAUGCCCCUUCUCAGUUGUCGUGGCGAUAGACUUCGGGACGACCUCCAGCGGCUACGCUUUCAGCUUCACGCAGGACUCCGAAGCCAUACACAUGAUGAAACGCUGGGAGGGCGGCGACCCUGGAGUGGCCAAUCAGAAGAGCCCGACGUGUCUGCUGCUCACUCCUGAUUUGCGGUUCCACAGUUUUGGAUUUGCGGCGCGAGACUUCUACCAUGACUUAGAUCCGGAGGAGGCCCGGCACUGGCUUUACUUUGACAAAUUUAAAAUGAAGAUCCACAGCACAAGCGAUCUCACCAUGGAGACAGAGCUGGAGGCAGUCAACAGUCGGAGGGUCAGGGCCAUCGAGGUGUUUGCUCACGCCCUUCGCUUCUUCAGGGAACACGCUCUAAAGGAGGUGAAAGACCAGUCAUCAUCUGUGCUGGAGGGAGAAGAGAUCAGAUGGGUGAUAACUGUCCCCGCUGUGUGGAGACAACCUGCCAAACAGUUCAUGAGAGAAGCUGCAUACCUGGCUGGUCUGGUGUCUCCUGACUGUCCUGAGCAGCUCCUCAUCGCUCUCGAACCCGAGGCUGCCUCCAUUUAUUGUCGCAAGCUCCGCCUCCACCAGGUGAUUGACCUGAGCCUGCAGCCAGUCACAAACGGCCUGGAUCUGGACGGGUCCCGACCAUUCGACUCCAGCUUCAGACAAGCGAGGGAGCAGCUGAGGCGAUCGAGGCACAGCAGGACCUUCCUGGUGGAGAGUGGGACUGGAGAGCUGUGGUCGGAGCUGCAGACCGGUGACAGGUAUGUUGUUGCAGACUGUGGAGGAGGGACAGUUGACCUGACAGUCCAUCAGAUCGAGCAGCCACAGGGGACACUUAAAGAGCUCUACAAGGCUUCAGGCGGGCCCUACGGAGCCGUCGGCGUCGACUUGGCCUUCGAAGCCAUGCUGUGCCAGAUCUUCGGCGAGGACUUCAUCCAGAGUUUCAAAGCCAAGCGGCCGGCAGCCUGGGUGGACCUCACCAUCGCGUUCGAGGCGAGGAAACGGACGGCGUCUCCUGGCAGGGCCAACGCCCUCAACAUCUCCUUGCCCUUCUCUUUCAUCGACUUCUACAAGAGGCACAGAGGGCAGAGCGUGGAGGCCGCCCUGAGGAGGAGCAACAUGAACAUAGUGAAGUGGUCGUCCCAGGGGAUGCUGCGACUCACACAGGAGGCCAUGAAUGAGCUCUUCCAGCCCACCAUCAUCAAUAUCGUCAAACACAUCGAGGAACUGAUGGCGAAGCCGGAGGUCCACGGCGUGCGUUUCCUCUUCCUGGUUGGUGGUUUUGCCGAGUCGCCCAUGCUGCAGAGAGCAGUCCAGAAGGCCCUGGGGAGGACGUGCCGCAUCAUCAUCCCCCAUGAUGUUGGUCUGACCAUCCUGAAGGGGGCCGUGCUCUUCGGCCUGGAUCCUACUGUGGUCCGAGUGCGUCGAUGCCCUUUGACCUACGGUGUCGGCGUCCUGAACCGCUUCGUUGAGGGACGCCACCCUCGGGACAAACUCCUCAUCAAAGAUGGCCGCGAGUGGUGUACCAACAUCCUCGACCGCUUCGUCUCAGUGGACCAGUCGGUGGCUCUGGGGGAGGUCGUGAGGCGGAGCUACACGCCGGCUCGUCUGGGCCAGCGGAAGAUCAUCAUCAACAUCUACUGCAGCGCCACCGACGACGUCACAUACAUCUCCGACCCCGGCGUCAGGAAGUGCGGGACGAUAACUUUGGACCUACCGGAGCCGUUACCGCUGCCGGGGGCGGUGGGAGGAGCAGGGGCUGGAGGAGCGGGACCGGAGAGGAGGGAGAUCAGGGCGACCAUGCAGUUCGGAGACACAGAGAUCAAAGUCACAGCCGUUGAUGUCAUGUCUAACCGCUCCGUCCGGGCCUCCAUCGACUUCCUGUCCAACUGAGGAGGAGCAGGACGUGGAGAUUUGAAAACACACAGAACUGAUUCCAGGGAUGAUAAUUUUAGAAAAAGCGGUACUUUGGGAGUGGGCGACGUGUUUUUCUUGGAGGGAGCAUUGGCUUCUUAGAAGGAACUCCGCUAAUUCAGACAUUCAGGCUUUACAUGCACCCUUUAGAACAUGAAUUAAAACUCUCCAUCCUUCACAAACACAUCCUCAACAAACAUCUCGGCUGAAGGGCAGAGUGCCCUCACUGCACAGAAAAGAAGAAAUUAAUUUGUCUGCCUUCUGGCUCUCAGUGGAGAGUUUGUCAUGUCACACCACAUAAUCCUGUCACCGACAUUUCCUGCCCAGAAAGUCAGAGAAACACUUCGUGAGCCCAAAUGCAAGCUGGAGGCUGAGUACAGAUCCCAACACUCCAAACACAAACCUUCUCAGAAUUCAACCUCACUGAGGACUAAGGUUUUAUCGCCUAGACGGACUCUACCUAACACAGCAUGCUACCUAGAGUGACACACACUCAUGUUCUCUGUUAAAUAUAAAGACUGUUGCCUCCUAUAAUAACUGAUACCUCAUUUAAAUCCUGUUUCCACACAUAAUAUACUCAUGCUACUACCUGGACUGCAGCUUUGCCUUGCUAUCAUGCGCCACCUAGUGGUGAAAAGCUUGAACUGCAAACUGAAAGUGCAUUCAACAUUUCUCAAGAUAAAUCCGAACACAUCAAGGCUGGUUUACUACAAAGGACUGUGGCGUUUUAACAGCAUGAGUCUUAAAAAGUCACGUUUGACACAUUUUCUUCAGUCCAAAUCAGCCUAAGAAUUCAAACUGUAUAACAGUCAUUUUUGAAAACAUUUAAAAUGUUUCCAAAAGCUGCCUAAUGUGGUGAAGAAUCUACAAACAUGAUAUAGAAUAUCAUCGUUCAUUUAAUGUUGCAUCUUUUGGCCAUUUUACGAAUUUAAAUCCUAACUUUACUCACUUUUUCUUCUGUUUGUUGGUUUCAACCAGCCCCUGAAGAUCAUGUGUGGCUCCACUGCUCUACUACAUGCUCCACUAUGUUCACCAGCUAGUCGGAUACUCUAUUGGUUUGCUGGUUCGGUAUUGCAUGGUGGAGCUUUUUAACACCAGAAAAACACUGAGCUAUAGGGUCGCAACUUUGAGGGAGAACUGGUGGUAAUUCUCUGUAUUUUCGUUUUACUAAUCUGCAACUAUUUUAAAGAGCAGCUUUAAAGUGAGUUCCUGUAGAAAAAAAGUUCACUCACCAGUUAAUACAGACGUGUUUUUAUGUGUAUUCUGUAAUGAAGUGUACUCAUGUUUCUGUAUAUAGUAAAAGCUUAUGAAUCACUGCAAGGUCCAGUGUGGAGGAUUUAGUGGCAUCUAGUGGUGAAGAUGCAGAAUACAACCGACUGAAUUCUGAACUUCUCCUGUGGGAUGAAAACUGUCCCGUUCUGUGCUACUGUAGAAAUAUAGAAGCUUAAUGGAAGACAACCUGCUCAUAUAAAGGGCUCAUUCCAACAUUAAAAACCAGUAUUCUUAUUUUUAGGUGAUGAUACACUCUGCAUUUUAUUUCUGUUGUUAGAUCCCACUAAAUCCUCCACACUGGUCCUUUAAUCUUGUUUGUUUUGACCUCAUCUCUAGUACGUUGUGUUUCAAACUGCAGGCUGGCGAAGGGAUAAAACAAAAGCUUCAUCCUCACUUCAUGAAACACAACCAGACAUUUUUCAAAUACAAAUUAUAUGUAUAUCUUUAAAAAUGACACAUCACAGUCAACAGUAUGAUCUCGGCUGUGAAUUUAUUGACAACAAUGGUCCAAUAAAUAGUCUCACACACUUUUUCAGAACUGUU